AUGAAUAGUAAAAUAUUAGAAGUAUCAAAUAAUUCCCUUUUACAAGCUAAACGAUACACAAUAGAAGGAAAUUACGGUAGAGCUUUUGCACAUUAUUUAGUUUAUUUGGAGCUAUGUAAAAUAGAUCGAAAUAAAGUUGAAGAAGAAUUUAUUGAUAUCUUAAUAAAAUGGCUAGAUGUACUAACAUUACAUCAACGAAAUGAUGAUAUUCUAAACUGUUUACAAAGUGCAUUCGAGUAUUUUCCAAGAAAUUGUACGAUUUUAACAACUACAGCUCGAUAUUUAAUGCAAUGGAAUCAACAUAAAACUGCGAUGAACUAUUUAACAAUUGUACUGGAAGAAAAUGCAAAUUAUUUGCCAGCAAUGAAAUUACGCAACUAUAUUAUUAAUGUUAUAUUUGAAAGAUGGCAUAUUCGUAUGUUAAAUGAUAAAAAUCGUAACGAAUCAUAUCGUAAAGCAAUUGAACAAAAAAUAUCCGAAGGUUACAACAAUAUAUUAGAUAUCGGUACUGGAACAGGUCUUUUAAGUUUAUACGCUAAUAAAAGUAAAUAUCCAGUUGGAAGGAUAACAGCGUGCGAUAUUUCAAAUAUCAUGAUUGAGUUAUCCAAAGAAAUUAUGGAUGCUAAUGAUUGCUCAGUUGUAAAUUUAAUUGAGCAACGAUCAACUAAUAUGAUAGUUACUGAAAAAUUUAAUUUAAUUGUAACAGAAAUAUUUGAUAGUGGUGUUUUGGGUGAAGGAGCACUUGAUACUUUAAUUCAUGCUUGGGAUCAUUUACUUGAAUCGAACGGUAAAAUAAUUCCAGCUAACGUUGAAAUACAUAUAUCUGGUGUACAAUGUAACGAAUUAGCUCGAAAGCAUUCAGUAUUUACGAGUGAAAUAAAUGAUUUAAAUUUUGAAUCACUGAAAAUAAUUAACGGCGACAAUGAUCCGUAUGAAACAGAGGAUUUAUUUUGUUUUAAAGAUUGUAAAUAUAUUGCAAAUUUAACAUCUCCAUAUGUAGUUAAUUUUAACGAUGUGACACAGUUAAAAACGUUAUUAAACGGUGAACAAAUUCCAUUAAAUUUAGAGUGUAAUGAAAAUGGUGUGAUUCAUGCAUUUAUUCUUUGGUUUAAAUUAAAUUUAGAUGAUAAUAUUUCGAUUGAUAAUCGACCGUGUAUUGAAAAUCGUAAUUGUUGUUGGGAACAAGCUAUUUCAUAUAUUAUAUGUGAAAAAUCUGUUACACCUCUUAGGGUACUAGAUUUAAAUCCAUUUCCAUUCCUAGGAUUACUAUUAAUGAAAAACAGAGGUGGUGUUUUAAAAUGUUAUGCUCUCGAUAAUACUGUGCAGGAUUUAAUAAAAAAAGUAUGUGAAAUUAAUGAUAUUCAAUGUGAAUUAACGUUUAUUGAAAAUGUAGUGAAUUGUGAUAAUAUUUAUGAAAAAUUUGAUGUGAUUUAUGUAAAUGUGUUGGAAACGGAGGGUGAAUUGAAUCAAAAUACUUUAUUACAGUUGCCAUUAUUACAGCAUUUAAUUAAACCAAAUGGAAUGCUGUUACCAUCGAAUAUUUCAGUUUAUGGUUCCGUUGUAGAAUGCGAUUGGUUUAAGCGAGUUUCACACGUUGAUGAUGCAAAUGUCUCUGAUUUUCGUGUCUCAGAAUUUGUUAAGAAAUAUGAGAGUAAUGAACAACUGGAUUUUACAUUACGCCAUUUGAACUAUAAAAAUUUAACAGAACCAAGCGUGUUGACUUGCAUAAAUUUAAGUAAAUAUAAAAAUGAUACAAUUGGUAAGGAUCUAAGUAUAAAUGUCCAGAAUAAUGGUAAAGCCAAUGCGAUAUGUUAUUGGUUUGAAUUGAAUUUAUUAGAUUAUAAAUAUACUACCGGAUUUGAAAAUCCUAACGCUUAUGUCAAUAACGCAGCAUUUUUAUUGAAUCCUGAAUUAAGUAUGAAUGAAAAUGACAAAAUUACAUUACAAAUUAUUGAACAUAGUGGAUUA